AUGGAUCGAAUUGAGCGCCCCGAGGAUCACAUCAACAAUGGCCGGUCGAGUCUCCUCCAGCCUCCCUCACAGGAGUCGUUUCCCUCCCUUCCCGAGGACCCCGGCUCACCACAGCAACAGCCCUCAACGAGACCAUCACUUCGAUUGAGACGCUCAUCUCGCCAGCCGAGUAUCAGACUGCGUCGCCUUUCGUCUGCCUCGAGUUUUACAACACCACAGGAGACACCUACUCCUGGAACGACCGAACAAUUCCCUCAACUUACCCCUCAGACAACAGAACAUCAAAGGCUCGCAGAGCAGAGUCAAGAUGACUCAUGGGAAGGGAAUAGACGUCGCAGUAAUUCCGAACCGCGUCCUGGUCGCUACUCAGCGCCGCCGAUUAUCGUGACUUCCGGACUACCGAUAUCCAAACAGCACCCGAUGUCUCCGGUUAAAGAAGAGACUGGCAGACCAUCUAUGGAUCUCGUUACUGCCGAACGUAUAGCGGCAUUACGAGGACUUGCACCUACCAACAGUGAUGAAGCUGAGGAAACUAGAGAAGAAGAACCACCGCGAGAACAAGCACCAUCGCCGCGGCCGGGAAUGCUCCGACGAGCCAGUCUCGCGGCAUUUUCGGCCAUGGGCCGUAAUCGCGCGUCGACAGUGGCUGGCGCUGACCCUACUCGACGUUCUCUUCCUCCGGAUGAAUACGAUUCGCGAAUUGUUGACUUUCUAGACGUUAUUGACCCUGAAGUUUCGACGUUAUCAACUCUUACCAACGUUCAAAACUCACUCUUCAUUCCCGAUCUCGGCCCCUUUCUCAACCGUGCACCUACUUAUACACUCACACGACGACCCAGUAAGCGUCCUGAAAGUCGGGAGGCCCAGAAAAAGCCAGAACCAACUAUAGCAGAAGAACCCCUGCCAACUAUUGGGGAGCCCACGGAGCCAGUGGAGUCGCAUGUUUCUGCUUUGGGGCCUAAUGUAUGCUUCGCUGUCCUUCCUGAAGGUGCGACCUUGGAAGGCUGGACGCAAGAGGAGAUUGAGGAAAUGAAUGACCACGUUCGGCAUAUGCUUCACUCCCGACGGUCAAAGUUCAAACGCGCUAUGAAGGGAUUUGGACAGUAUGUCAGACGACCACUCGGAUUUCUGGUGACAUUAUAUGCAACAUUAAUUACUCUCUUUGGACUUGCUUGGGUUCUCUUUUUGAUUGGCUGGAUCAACGUCGGCGGAAGACAACUAUAUAUCAUCAACGUCAUUGACAACGUGCUCGUGGCUCUCUUUGCCAUUAUGGGCGAUGGUCUGGCACCAUUUAGAGCCGUGGAUACAUACCACAUGAUCUUCAUCGCACAUUACCACCAUCUAACCUGGAGUCUUCGCAAAAAGCGUACUCUCCCGAAACUCGCCGACAAAAACGACCUCCCUUCCCGUCGACCCGAAGACAUGAUCGACCUCGAACAAGACGGCGGCGUCACCACAACCACAUCAUCAGAAGAGAAAAAAGAAUACCUAGAAUACACACUCCUUACCCCGAAACAACAAAAACGCCUCGAACACCAUCAACGCAAAUUCGCUAAAUCACAUACCUUCUACAAACCUCACGAAACUGCCACCCAUCACGCUUUUCCCUUGCGACUACUGGUCGCCAUCGUGGUCAUUCUAGAUUUCCACUCCAUCUUCCAAAUUGCUUUGGGUGCUUGUACAUGGAGUAUAAGCUACCACGUGCGCCCCUUUGCAUUAACGACCGUCAUCCUCUGCUGUUCUAUCACAUGCAACAUCACGGGUGGUAUAUUAAUUUCCAUUGGCGAUAGAAUCACGCGUAAAAAGGAUGUUGUUGAACGUCUAGCCCGACAGGGUCUGACAGGUGAAGCGAUGAAGAAAGUCGAGAAACGAAAGAUGAAGGAGACUGUUGAACAAUCCCGGAAAUCGAUGGAUAUUGCCCGAAAGUCAAUGGACUUGACACGAAAAUCGAUGGAUUAUAAUCGAAAGUCGAUGGAUAUUACGCGUACGCCGCCGUAUCCUGAUGUUUGA